AUGGAACACAUAUCUGGCAAUAGUCGUUUUAGAAUGAACGAAGGUGACUGGAUGUGCAGUGAUCCCCAGUGCGGAAACGUGAAUUUUGCUCGACGGGACCGGUGUAAUCGUUGCGAUAAAGAAAGGGGCGAAGCACCAAAAAAAAAGAAACUUGGUCAAGAAAUUGGAAAAGCUGCUGCCGAGAAAAGUCGAGGCUUGUUUAGUGCUGAUGAUUGGCAGUGUAAUAAGUGUGGAAACGUAAACUGGGCUCGUAGGCAGUCUUGCAACAUGUGUAACGCUCCGAAGUUCGGCGAGGUUGAGGAGCGUACUGGUUAUGGCGGUGGUUUUAAUGAUCGUGGCGUUGUUGAGUAUAAGGAACGACGCGACUCUGAUGACGAGUACGAUGAAUACGGGAGAAGGAAGAAGAAAAAGAGGAAUUCCGACAAACAAGAUGAUCGAGAAAAAGUGAAACCAGAGAAGGACGUAAACAACGGCGAAGAGGAAGAGGAAGAUGAUGAAGAGGACGAUGAAGAAGAUGACGACGACGGGGAUUUGUCAAAAUACGAUUUAAGUGGUUUUGGCGAUGAAGAAGACACUGUUUCGAAAGAAAAGGAGAAAGACAGAAACGGCAGGAGAGAUCAUGUUCAAAGACCAUCUCGGUCUCCAUCAACCUCACGGUCCUCUCGCUCUCAUUCAGUCUCACGAUCGCGAUCCCAAUCCCGAUCCCGAUCACGCUCCCGAUCACGAUCGCGAUCGCGUUCGCGUUCUUCUCGCUCCCGAUCCUCACGUUCUCGUUCAGAAUCCCGGUCACGAUCCCGAUCUCGAUCCCGCUCUCGCUCUCCCGUUAGAAAGCGAUAA